AUGAAUGUAAAGGAGAAAGUCGGGCUGCUGGGGAUGCGCCCUACAAGUGCUAAACGCCGUGAGUCCUAUGGAGCUCCUUGCACAGCUCUCCAUGCGCCCUCGGGCGGGACACCGUCCGUUACCAGUGCGGCAAGCAGCGGCACCAAAGCGGAACGCCAGGCGGCUGCCCUGCAGCUAUGGAACAAGUGGGCGCAGGAAGCAUUAGGCCCUAUGAGCUCGGACCCCACGGCAGAGGAGCUGGCACGCAAGAGCAGCCGCAUGCAGCGCUUGGAACAUGAAUGUGCAGCGCUGGCGGCUCGGGCACAACGUCGGCUGGAGGUCAGCUCCGCGAUCCGUGCACAGUCGAUCCUAAUCGGUGCUUCGAGGGACAGCGUCGGCACCAGCGCAGGUGUUGCCGGUGGCGGUGGGACACCGGGAAGCGUUGUGGGCAGCGGCAUGAGCUUUGGUGUAGGCGUGCCGGCAAGCGAUGGAGGCAGCUCUGGCGGCGUGCUGCUGCGGCCAGGUGCAUUCAACCGGGAAAUGCAGUAUGCGGUGCGCGAGCGGCGACGUGCGGCGGCGUACGCGGCGGCUCGGGCGGAGGGCGCAGCGGAGGCAACCGGCGCUGAUGCGGCGGCUGCGGCUGCGGCAGAUGGGCCAUCCGGUGUCACGCCGGCAGCAUUCAAGUCGCGCGCCAUGCUAGACGCCCUGAUUGCCAACCGGGCGGCGGGCUCGACUGUCUCCGCUGCCGCUGGAGCCGCCGUACCGUCCGUGGGCGGCAGCUGCAGUCCCAAAGCUGCGGUCCCCCGGCUGCGACCCUCCUCAGCGCUACCCCUUCGCUCAUCGAACAGCAGCGCUGCCGGGGGAGGCUCCGCAGCCGCCGGCCGCCUUAGGCCGCGCUCGGCGGUCUCCGGCGCCACCGGCGCCUCCCUUGGGCGUCAAUCCUCCAUAGCAACAUCGAAUGCCGGCGGAAGCGCAGUGGGGGGAUCCGCAUUCUGCCGCUCACCCAGCAUUGCCCAGCGCGCUGCCAGCCUCGUGGCUGGUGGUGAUGGGGGCAUCGGCAGCUCCGGUAUCGGCUCGGGGCUGGUCGCGGUUCCGGAGGGCGAGUACCUGGCGCUGCGGCAGGAAAUGGACUCGGUUUCAGAACGGCUGGCGGCGACGCAGGCGGCGCUGGAGGUGCAGGCCGACACGGAGGCGCAGCUGCGGCAGGCGGUGGAUUUGCUUCGCGCGCGGCUGCACAGCAGCGGGCUACGCGAGGUGGAUGCGCAGCGGCGUUUGGCGCAGCACUCGAAGCUGGAGCCUCUGUUUGACCGGCUGGCGGAAUGCUUUACGUUCAACAGCCCGGAGGAAGUGGUGGCGCGACUGGAGUUCCUUGAGGAUGACAAGCUGGGCACGUUUGACCAGUUGCUCAGAACCCAGGAGGAGGUUACCCGGCUGCAGCAGCGGCUGGCGGAGGCUCAGAAGUCGGGGGAGAUGGUGGCCACCCGCCUCACCACGGAGCACCUGCAGGGAAGCGCACGACUGCAGGAGCAGAACGAGCAGCUGAGGCAGGAGCUGGAGUCCAUGGAGAACCUGGUCCACCGACUUACAACUCGCCAGGCGCAGCUGGUGGCGCUACAGACGGCCGUGCUGCAGCUGUGGGGCAAGCUGUCCGAGGACCCGCAGUUCGCGGAGGCCUUCGUCAUGGGCUCGAGCGGCCCCGGCAGGACCGCCACGCGCCGCGCCGCCAGCAGCGGCCGCACUAACCCCGGAAACACCAGCACACACGGCGGCGUUGAGGAUGCGGGAGCCGGCAUUCAGCCCGAGGACCCGCUCUCCAUGCUGCACAUGAUUGAGGAGUUUGUGACGGCCAAAAGCAACAAGCUGGCCAUCCGGCAUUUUACCGAUAUUCAGCGCGUCGCGAACCACGUGUGGCAGCAGCACUUUCGCAAUCGCGCGGAUAUUCGCGGCCGCGUCGUGCCUACUUUUGAGCAGCUCUCCAAAAUGGCAGACCGCAUGGCCGGUCGGGUCAAGUCAGUGCAGGACCAGGCGGGCAAGAGCCAGGACGCAGAAAAGGCGCUCAUGAAGGAGGUCAAGCGGCUGCAGCAGCAAAAGCGCUCGCUGGAGCUAGCGCUUGCACGCCGUGACGAGCAAUUCAAGAGCAUUAUGGGGGUGCCGCGGCGCGAGCGCCCCGCCAGCGCCGCGGCGGAGCUGGGGCACAUCAUGCGGCGUGAGGCAACGUUGGCAGCAAUGAAUACGUCAGGAUCCGGUGGUGCUGGCGCUGCCGGCACGAUCAGCAUGGCUGGCGCCGCGGGGACGCCGCCGCCACCGGCGUCACGGGCGGUGUCCAUGUUGUCGCUGUCGCCGUCGGGGCGGGGGCGCAGCAGCGGCCGGGGAGAUUUGACGCUAGAUGCGUCCUUUAGCAUCAUGUCUGGAUUGAGUUCAGUUCCAUUGCGUCAGUCGCAGCAGCAGCAGCUCCGCCCGCACACCUCGCAGCCAUCACCGGAUCAGCAGCAGCGUCCACUGCGGCCGGCGUCAGCGCCGAACAGCACCGCCGGAGGCGGCGGCUACGGCAGCGUUGUGUCGUCGUCGUCCCGUCUGCGACAGGCUUUGCAAAACGGUGCCGUGGCGGCGGCAGCAGGGCCAUCAUCCUCCACGGGGAUAGGGACCGCCGGAGGGACCCUGGCUGCCAUCCUCAGCCCUGCCGUGGCGCUGCAGGUACCCCAAAUGGUUACUGAUAUGCCCGCCGGGCCGCACUGGCGGCAGCAUAUGGCUGCCACCUCGUCCGCGGCAUCGGCGCAGCAAGCGGCACCGACGCGCGUGCCCAGGGGCUCUUUGUUCUACACCCCGGACCAUGUCGCCACGGCCGACGUGGCCGAGGUGCCCGCUCAAGGGGUGGGCACCAGCGGUGGAGGUACCGCAGCGGCCGAGGCAGAAUCAGUUCCGGCGCCGGGGGCAGCAGAGGCUGCAGCGGGGGUGCCAACAGCGCGGUGGUCCGCACCGCAGCGGAGUGCGAUUGAGCAAGCCUUCCUGAGCCGACUUGAGCGCCGAACACGGAUCACGUGA